AAUAAUAUUUAUUUGAUAAUUCGGUAAAAAUAAAGAGCCGAUGGAACAACUCGUCCAGCUUGUCAUGUACAUUUUUACACGUUAUAUGGUUUCAGCUAACUAAGCGGGUGAAAGAGAUAGCAGAUCGGCCAAAAAUGGCACACGCACUGCGGAGAGCCCUUAGCAGCUUUGCGAAGACUCGUUUUGGCGCAUACGCCUUUCCCAAGUCGAGACCUCGAGGUCGGAACAACAUGGUCUUUGGCUUCGUCGCUUGCAACUUUUUGCACACUCAGCAGCUCACCAAGAACAUCGAACUGCUGACGGAGGAACCGGUCAUUGUUGCAGAGUCGAAAAAAAUCACCAGUCUCAAGCAAGACGAAAAUCGUCCCCUGCUAGUUCUGUUGUGCUGGUUAUUGUCGAAAAAGCCGCACAUCAUGAAAUUCGCCAAUUUGUACUUGGAACAGGGCUUUGACGUCGUGACGGUGUCGAUCAAUCCCUGGCAACUAAUGUGGCCAGUUAAUGGCUCCAAAGCUACAGCCUUUGAUCUGCUGCAGAUCUUGGAUGAGAACAAGCAUUACGAGCGCAUACUGCUGCACGGCUUCUCCAUCGGUGGUUACCUGUGGGGCGAGCUUCUCGACUUUGUGCACAAGGACCGAAAAAGAUACGACCAGGUGAUCGAUCGUAUUGUCGGCCACGUGUGGGACAGCGCGGCUGACAUUAGCGAAAUAACGAUCGGUACGCCCAAAGCGAUGUUCCCGAACAAUCGGGUGCUGGAGAACAUGAUGCGAAAGUAUCUUGAGUUUCACAUGGUAACUUUUGAAAAACAAGCUACGCAAUAUUACAGAAGAUCCAGUCAGUUGUUCCACUUGAAUUUGGUACGCUCGCCGGCUUUGUUCUUCGUCAGCAAGACCGAUCCCGUCGGUUCCUACAAAAGUAACAUGAGGGUUCGAGAUUCUUGGGAUUCCUUAGGCACGGAGACGCAUGUGAAGUUGUUUGAAAAUACACCCCACGUUGGACAUUUUCGAUCCGAGCCUAAAGAGUACAUAGCGGAACUUUACUCUUUCUUGAACAAACUGCAGCUCAUAAGGAACGAUGAAAAAUUUCGUGCCCGGCUCUGAAGAGAUGAAAAAUUCCUUCGAAUUUUUAUUCGCCGUUGAUUUAAUUUACAAAGGAUUUUUCAUGUUAUUUAAUAAUAAUUACUUUUUUACUUCCUACCAUCGUGUUGUUAAUUUACAUUUACAUAUACUUUCGUAAAAAAGACAAAUGCCAACUUCAUAACAUGUACUUGCAGACAUAUUGUACGUUACAAAUGAUGUACGAUAAAAUAAAACUAUACACUACAUUGAUAAAGCCAAUAGUUACUGCUAGAAAAUUCUAUUUACAAAUCCAAAGUAGUGUAUUUAAAAACAUCCUUCAUAAUUUUAAAUACACAAUUGUUAAUUUAGUAGUGUCAAUUCCACCUGAUGAGACUCACAAACACUUGGCCAGUGCAACGUCGCAUUUUCCAAUUAAUUCGUUUCUACUUACUUACCUAGUACCUAGUACAUCAUUAAUCAACAACUUUAUAUUCAUUUAC